GCUCGCUGUUCCACGCCAAAUGUUUGUUGUGAUUAUCAAGUGACAAGACCCUCAGUUUGGCAGAACCAACUAAGCCCAGUUUGGGUGGCCAAAUCGAACACCAGAUCGUUCCUGAAUAGGGUCUUUGAGUCAAGAAAUUGCACUUUGAAAAACUGGUGUCCUGGAAAAGAUAAGGUUUGUAUGUGCUAUUUAGUAAUAAGUGAAUUAUGUUUGCGUGAGUAACGCUGUAACUAAUUCGCGACAGACUUACACUAUUAGAAUGUUAUCAAAACUUUGACACACAUGUACAUCUUAACACUGUCUCUUUUUUUUUUCAAUCACGUUUUUUCCUUUGUCGAGAAAUAAGGAGUGUCCGAUUCAAAUCAUUCUCUGUGCAUUAUUCAACAAUGAAUUUGACGCUAAUUUCAUUUGAAUUUUUCUUAUUUUUCCUUUUUUGUCAAAACAGAUUUACUAGUAACCACUGAGUAUUAAGCGACGUCAAUGUCACGAACACCUCAAGCGUAUUCUUUACAUUUCUGCCUUUUUUGUCUGGAGACUAUCCAUAUCAGUGCAGCAAAGAGGCACAACCUUACGAUAAAAGAGCAUUCUAUAUCGAUCAGCUCUAAUCCUCUUCUGCUUUAAAACGGUUUUCACUUCCGCGCCUCCAUCCAAUUACGAUAUUUAACAUAACGUUUUAUUUUCUAACACGCAUGCAAACAAAAGGAAACAAUUUCUUCACAAAUAAAGUUUUGCGAAUUUUAAAGUCCUAAAGAUUACAUUCUCAGCCUGGAUGCUAUACCUUGCGACAUAACACGCAUUUUUUUUGUAAUCGUUGAGUGGUUAAUUUCAGCCGCGGAAAGUUUAUACUGUAAACAGUUAUUACAUUGUGACUUUUGAGUUGUUAACUGUGCCUUGCUCAUCAGCACCUCGGAGGGCGGGUCCUAACCUAUCUCAUUGAAGCCAAAUUCCUUCUCGUACUUUCUACUGAUAUAGAUAUCGAAAGAAAAGAUUAACUGUUAACUCUUCAAUUUAAGAAAAGCCGUCUCUGUUGCUUAUAAGGGGCUAUUCAUGUGCUAUCUGCGGGAGUUUAUUCACCAAUUAAUCUGGCGUAAAACAUUUACGAAAGGAAUGUUUCCCUAUACACAUAAGAAGUCUUUAGAAAUAUUGUUCUAAGCUCCUAUUGUUUCUUUGAAAUUGCCGACACAGCCGGAUCUUGCGUGCAGUUUGGCAGGGAUAAAAAAACAAAAGUUUUUCUUUUAGUCUCCAUGCGGAAAUAUCAGCAAAUUGAAUAGAAGGAAAACUAAAGCGGAUGGUUUUCUCUAUGGCAAAGUUAUCGUUUUUGUUGCACCAUAUUUAGCCAGUAAUCAGCCUAUUCGUAGAUCUAGGUAUUUACUCAAGCUAAAUUCCAACACUUUCGUUCCGGGGUAUUAAUAGUAAGGCUUUAAAGAUAACAAAUCUUUAUUUGCUUGUGACAUAACUUUUAAAUCUAUCUGCAAUACGAAGCCGUCCUUUUGUUAAAUACCUGCUUAAUCAUAUGAUAGAGGAAGUUCUUAAACCUCAUCUCAUUGAUGCCCUCUGGCUGGCAUAUUCGUCACAAAAUUGCUUGGUAUUUCCACAUCAAUGCAUAAUUGAUUUCAAUUUGGCUUCACUUAAGACCAAUCACAACUUUUCCGCUUUUCAACACAUGAAAAAAAAAAAAAAAAAAGCCAUGACGAUUUCGCUCGUUGCAUCUAAAUUAUUUAUUACUGACCCAUUGUGUUAAAAUGUGUCAAGGAAGUCGCUUCUCACUGCGGCAAAGCUAUCAACUUAUCAUUCAGCGGAUUGCCCUUUCCCUGGGCUCAGUUUUCCUUGGAAAAUACGACCCUUAUCAAAUUGUCCAAUUUCCGGCUGAAACAAUAAACUUGGCAGUUCAUCAACUCAUCUCACGAGUCUGAACUUUUUUGGUCUUGAAACGCGAGUCUUUUGUCAUUCAAAAUAGAAUGACGUACAUCUGGAGGGACGAAAAUUUCAACCACGUAGUAGGAUUAGCAAUAAAAUAAUACUGUCCUGCAUAGUGGGCAGAAAAAAUUUCGAGUACUGUCACAAUCAUUGACCGCGCGUAUCUGCUGCAGUAGUAGAUACGUAUCGAAUAUUUGGUAGGUUUUGUCUUUAAUUGAUUUUUUCAUCGAAUUAUUAAUGAUACUUACUGAUUUUUACCAAAAAAUCGGGUAUUUGCGAAUGAAAGAGGUCUCUAAGGAAAACUCCUAUAAAACUUAAUUUGAUUUUGUUGGAAAAGCAUAAGUUUUAGAUUGUACAUCGUCAAAUUCCACGUUGGACUCGAAAUGCUAGUCACUUUGAGAGGUUUUGUGAAUGUUAUCACAAAAAUGCGUACAGCUUUCAUUUAAUAGGAUGUUGACCACACAUGAGGGCUUCAUUAUUGGCCUAGCUGACAGACUCGUGGAAUUUCUCAGGCAAAGACUGGAAAAUCGCUGAGGUUCCUCUGGUUGUAACAUCAAAUUGUAAUAGUGUUUGAAUUGAAUAAGAGCGCUCUGCAUUUCAAAGUAGUGAGAACUAAAAAAUUCAAGCAGUGCUGUCUAAACUAAUUUGCAUGUAGUUCAAGAAUGCCGUUGUUUACAGUCAGUACUUCAUUCAUUAGGUUUUUUUUUAACCUAUUACGCCCGUGAUUGUUAUGUAAGGUGGCAAUUCAUUGAGAAAGAAUACUUCUAUUCUUGACGUUUCUGUCGCAAUUUUUAAAGGUUUGUUGAUUUAGCGCCAAAAAAUUACAUUUUGUUUAGUUAUCCUCUAUUUUGUCUCCCGAGGAGACUGCCCUCGUCGGUGCAGCUUAUCUUCGUUGUUUUGUUACUGAGUGAUAGAUGUUAUCUAUGUUAGCGUCGUUUCAAACAGGAUUACGACAGCGAUAGAUACAAGUUUGAGAGACCCGAAACACAUAGAUGAUUUAAGCACAUAAACUCCGUAACAGUUACGACCAACUUUAGGUAGCAAAGAGUUUACUACGACGUUUACUAUUAGCGACAGACAUCUGUUGGACAAAGUUUUAAUUGAUAGUGAGAAUUUGUCAGUUAUGUUUUUUAUUUUCUAAAUACAGAUAAGCAGAGAAUUUGAUUUUAUCAUAUUUUUUUAUGAUAUAUUGAAAAAAUGCCAUUCUCUGUUUGUUACAACUUCUUGUUUCAGUUUUCCUGAACGUACAGGCACGAAAAUGGCGCGAAAUGGGGUGGCGUUCACUGCUCAUUUUCCCGCCAGUCAGGCAUCUCUGCAAAGCACUGCGCCGCACAGUUCCAAGAAUUUUGCAUUUACUUACGACGACUUAUACAACUGUUUGUAUCGCCACAAUGAGCUACAACUAAUCGACAUCGAAGCAUUCAAAGCACAAAGAAAAUCAAGUCAAACAGACGCGGAAAAACAAAAGGAAACGACUAGUAAGUUAACAAAACAAACCAUUUUAAUCUUUACAACAUUGCGUGCCAAAUUAUAAAUGUCCUAUAGUACUUAAUAACGAUAUUACCUCGAAUUCAAUCUUGUAUUCAGCAAAUUUGUCUUGCAUUAAUCUUAUUGCUGCUGUCAAUUUGUGAUCUUGAGGCUUUUUGCAAGUUGAUCCCUCUAUGCAUUUUUUUUUGUCUCAUAAAAACAAACUGUGGAGAAACAGCAUAAAAAUGAACAUCGAUAACUUGCGCUCGAGAAAUGGAUGCGAGUCAUCUUAACCGCAAAAGCAAUACAAUUGUUGUUUUUUCGAAACCCAAUUUUCCGGUUUAAACCGAAAGGGAAGUGAGUUGUGAGUAUUUGCUGGUUGCAGGGGAAGACCCCCUGAAGUAGAAUGUUAUGAUUACACAAGUACCGCAUUGAACACGAGAAACUAGAAUAUUCGAAGGAAAAAAAUCGGUUUUCUUAUAAAAUAGACUUUGUUUGUUGUGGUGUUAAAAAUAGUACCUGUUAAUCUUUAUUCUACCGCCAGACAUACCAUGGUGAAAGUGGUUUUUGUCCAUUGUCUACAACAGCGUUGCUAUAACAGGAAUUGUAAUUACUUCCUUCUUUAAGGAGAGGAUCUUCUUAAAGGCAAAAAUCUAAAAUUGAACAGAUUUUCUUUCAUAGUUUCCAAAUUCUGGUCAUGUUCACUUAGCCCGCCCAACUGGACGACUAAAUCACCCUUGAAGCUUGCUUGAACCGAUAUACCACUUAAGGUCACGACAUUUCCGGCAAGCGGAAACUUCGGCAAAUUUUGUUUUAUCAUCAUUGCAUUGAAAAUCCCCACGAUGCAAGAUUUGGUGGGCGGAGCUACCAUGGCGCGCGAGCUCACACAGAUGACAGAACGCUUUGUUGAAAUUUUUAACAUUUUUCAAUUACGUGUCUGGAGAUAACUCUUCGUAUCCAAUGUCGGAAGAAGCUUUGCCAAUGUCGGUACCUUUGAAGCUUUAUUAAUAUCUUUCGUUAACAGUGUUUUCUUUAUUUUAAAGUGAAUAGUUCUGGCAAUCACCCCGAUUUUGAACAAACCUUUACAAUCACUAUUGGAAAAGAAAGAUUGCGAAAAAAAAUUAAGAAAGGGGGGAGGGGGGGGAAGGUAUUCCCAAGCAAUAUUUCGACCUCACGCUGGGGGCUCUGUUUUAGAACUGAACUGUCACAAUGUUCCGUCCGUUUUGUGUCUUCCUUUCUUUUGCUUUGUUAAAGUAAUUCCCUGACAAUGUGUCUCUUUUAGUUCCCUCAACAAAGCUUUUUUUCUGAAAAACUUACUGAACAAUCUUAUGUUAAACGGUUCUGAACUGGGUCAAAAGCUUUCUUCGUAUAAGUCAUGACCAUGAUUCACAGAAGAGCCUUUUCCUGAGCACUACUGUGUAUUCUAAGAGAAUGCUGAAGCCACGAAUGUGACUGCCAUUACGUGAUUAUGGCCUAAAAAUGAUUAGUCUUGUAUUUGUAUCGUGGCUGUUGUUUAUAAUGGCUAACUUACCUCUUGCACAAAUAUUUUUCUUCUGAAUUUUGAGCCAUUUUCGUUUUGUGAGAAUCUUUUACCAAACGGAAAGCGUGGUUGAAUCCAUUUUUUAAGGGAUCAAAGGUCAAUUUUUUACUGGCACCAUCUGAAGUUGUGCUCUAAUGAUUAUAACAUUUUAUUCAGGAAAAAAGCGUUUCCCCUCCUGAUAAAACUAAACACGUGUAAUUCAGAUUGUAAACGUAUGUUAGCCAAAGGUAAUUUGCGUGGAAUGUGGCAAAAACUUUCCUGUCUUACUUCCUAACUUAAUUCACUCCUCUGGACAGUCUCUUUUUGUGUUAUGAUUUUGGAUUUGCUCCAAAAGUUUCGUUUGUCUGCCAAAACAAACCACGUCCGGGAGAUAAUUGAGGGUGGGAGAGGGGGUGAGUGGGGGACUCCAUACCCAGGGGGCUGGGAGUCUGUACUACCAACACAUACGCUGCUUGUGCAACAAUGAAAAAUGCCUCUGUUACAGUAGAAAAAUAACAUGAUAAUUUUUCCUUUUUGAAUUCGUAGACUGUGAUGCAUGUCGUUCAAAGCAAGACGCAUGUCCAGUGCACAAAGUUCCAAAUUCUGGAAGGAAACUUCUUAUUCCAGGACAGAAACAACCGGUCAAAUUUAGUUACGCCAUAGCGUCCUUUCCAGAAGAAGUGCAGCUCUGUGUGUCAAGUAUUCCUGGGGCAGGUUGUGGAGUCUGCGCAAAGCAACAUAUUCCUGUGGGCACGUGGAUUGGACCAUAUGAAGGAAAACUUGUUAAAUAUGAUGACGUUAAACCCAAUACAGACACCUCUUACAUGUGGGAGGUAAGUCCCUUAUUUUGAAACCAAAAGAAAGUCAAAAUCGAAGUAUCUGAGGGCGGAUGUAUUAGGAAAAUGGAAACUGUACUUAAUUUACUAAAAUCUUGACUGAAACGUAAUUUCUUUGGACCCUUAGGACUGCUUCACCUGUGUGUGUGUUUUUUUUUUCUUGCAGCUAGACAUGUGUUUUCUAGGUUACCAUUAGUUACAGAGUCAUAACUACUUUAUUUUUGCAUCGACCAUUUGCAGAUUUACCAAGAUGGCAAGCUCUCCCAUUACUUGGAUGCCAGCGACGAAAACACCUCGAGUUGGAUGCGAUUCAUCCGAUGCGCACGAUAUAGGGAAGAGCAGAACCUCUUCUCGUUUCAGUACUGCGGAAACAUCUACUACCGGGCUUUCAGAGAGAUAUCCGUAGGGACGGAACUUCUCGUAUGGUACGAUGAAAAAUAUCCUCAGGAUAUGGGAAUACCACUGGAAGUUCAAGAUAUGGCACUUGUGGACCCCAACGGUAUGUCAUAACAAUGACGAAGCAACUUAGUUUAGGUAAUUGAAAAAAUAUUGCUUUUAGGCUCUCAGUGUUUAAGAAACGAGCCAUUGGUAUGAAGUUCUAGGAUCAGUGGUCGGCUUAGUGCUAUUCUUUUAAAAUGAAAGAUUUUCAUAUUUUCUAAGGGAAGUUAAAACUGUAAAUGGCAAACAAAGAUCAUUCUUUACCUCGAAGAAGGUUUUCUUUAUUUAAUUAUUAGCUAUUAUUUGUCACAGUUGGGUUUUAUCAUUAAAAGCUCUUUUCGAUAGUGCCCUCGAAUGGGGCAGGAGUCCGAUCCGCUUAAACGUAACUUAGCAUUCAAUCAUUUGAUCAGAUUGCUUAUCCACCUUUUGCUUAUUAAAUGCUAUUCACGAACCUCGCCGUCCUUCUCUCUAGGUACCAGACUCCUUCAAGAGGUCUUAGCAGCACAAGGUCAAACGCAACCUUCAGAUCGACCGAUCAACACCAGGCAAUUUUCUAUGCCCGCAGUUUCAAGUCAGCCAACGGUUGUUUCAAUUACUCCUACGAAGACAUCUUCCCGAAAAUCACCCCUCCCUGUUCCUCGUGACAACAUGAAAGAGAGACCCUCGCCUACGUCUCCAAAUGACACUCGUAUUUCGUGGCACCACAAGGUUCCAAAUCCUACUAUUUCUCACAGCGCCAUUCCCAUAGGGAACAAUUUCGUCCAGGCUGAGCGAACUCGAAAAGUGGAGCCGGUCGCUUUAAAAGAGGAAAGGGUUGUUAUUGAGGAUUGUGAUGACGACAGAAGGUUCAAUUUAGCUGAAGGAUCAGAGAUGAGCCUUAUGAAAUGCGGUCAAUGUAGUCAGUCAUUCGCGCAGAAGAACAUGCUCCAGGUUCAUGUAUGCCCGCGUAUGCCUAGGAGACCUUACACAUGUAGCUACUGCUCUGAAUCUUUCUCUUUACCUAACGAACUGCGCACGCAUGUUGUCACUCACGCUAAUGAUAAGCCAUUCAAGUGCGGCUAUUGCUCGCGCACAUUUGCUGGAGCGACAACGCUGAACAACCAUAUUAGAACACACACGGGAGAGCGACCAUUUCUUUGUGAUAAAUGUGGCAAAUCUUUCACACAGGCAUCCCAGCUGAGCAAACAUCAACGAAUUCCUCACGAAUGCAAGUACUAGGUCUGUAAUUUAGUAUCACUAUUGUUUAGGAAUUUCAUCGCCUACAGGACACGUAUUUUUAUUUAGCCUUUUUGACGACAGGGUUUUUAAUCUUCACACGAUGAAAACUCUAUAUCAACAUUUCUUGAAAUCUUUAAAAUCAGAUAAUUUGAUCCUUAUUUACAGCGUAAGUCUUGAGGCGAAUUAUUGUGAUGGCUCGCUUAAAAUUUUGGCGCGUUUUGUAGCAAUGUUUAUCUUCAACAGGUGCUGGCAAGCGCAACUGUACAAAGCUUCAAUUGUCCGAGAAUGAGACAUAAUUUAAGCCGACGCGACUUCUUCACUAACUGAUAGUUGAGUGUAAUGUUUCUGUAUCCGAAAUUUGCUGGUUAUGUUUUUUAUUUGAAAAAAUCACCACAAUGGUCACUUCAUAUUUUAUUUGACCCGCAAGAUCUUUUUUCAUAUCUGACAUAUGGUUUUCUUUACACCACGAAGAAUUUUUUAUCGCUAAGACGAUGAACCUCGCAUCAAGCGGGGAGUAUAGAGAAAUGUAAAAACAAUAUGUACAUUGAAAUGUGUAAAUAAAUAGAUAAAUAAAUAAAACAAAAGACCCU